GGUGCCGCGCGUGCUGCCCUCGGCGCCCGCCAUGGCCGCGCCGGACCUGUACGCGCAGGGGGCCCGGGUGUGGAUCCCUGACUGCGUGGAGGUCUGGAAGCCUGCAGAAGUAACUAGGGGUUACAAGGAAGGAGAUGGUGUCCUCUGCCUCAGACUGGAAGAUGGGCAGGAGGUGGCCUAUCCCCUUGACCCAUGCUGCCCCCAGCUGCCUCACCUGCGCAACCCCGACUACCUGUCGGGGGAGAACAACCUGGUGGCACUCAGCUACCUGCAUGAGCCGGCUGUGCUGCACACCCUCCGGAUGCGCUUCCUGGAAUCCAGCACCAUCUAUACCUACUGUGGCAUUGUUCUUGUUGCUGUUAACCCUUACAAGCAGCUGCCUAUUUAUGAGGAGGCGGUCAUCCAUGCCUACAGCGGUCAGAACAUAGGUGAGAUGGAUCCCCAUAUCUUUGCUGUGGCAGAAGAAGCCUACAGGCAGAUGUCUAGGGAGGACAAAAACCAGUCGCUGAUCAUAAGCGGUGAAUCGGGUGCAGGGAAGACGGCCACUGCCAAGUACGCCAUGAGGUACUUUGCCAUAGUCGGUGGAUCCUUGAGCAACUCCAGCGUGGAGGAGAAGGUGCUGGCCUCGAGCCCCAUCAUGGAGGCUUUUGGAAAUGCCAAGACCGCCAGGAAUGACAACAGCAGCCGCUUUGGGAAGUAUGUGGAAAUCUGCUUCAACCAUGAGUACCGCAUCCUCGGGGCCACCAUGAAAACCUACCUCCUAGAGAAAUCCCGUGUCACCUUCCAGGCAAAAGUGGAGAGGAACUACCACAUCUUCUACCAGCUGUGUGCCUCGGCUUCCCUGCCUGAGCUCCAGGGCUUAGGUCUUGGGGGGUUGGAGUCCUUCCACUACACCAACCAGGGGCAGUGCAUGCGCAUCGGUGGCACAGAUGAUGCUGCUGACCUGGACAGGACACGAAACGCCUUCUCCCUGCUGGGGGUCUCUGAAGCUGACCAGCUGGAGCUGUUCAGCAUCCUGGCUGCCAUCCUGCACCUGGGCAACAUCAGACUGAAAAAGAAGUCCCGGCAUGCUGAGAGCUGCUUCAUUGAGCCAGAGGACAAAGCCCUGGAGCUGUUCUGCAUGCUGUUGGGGCUGGAGACAUCGCAGGUGUCACGCUGGCUAUGCUACCACAAGCUUGUCACAGCUAGUGAGACCUUUGUGAAGCCCAUGUCCUGGCAGCAGGUGCUGGACUCCCGUGACGCCCUUGCCAAACACAUCUACGGGCAGCUCUUCCAUUGGGUUGUGAGUCGCAUCAACAGGUCUCUGUGGGCAUCUGAGAAGCCUCGUGCCUCCAUCGGCAUCCUGGACAUCUACGGGUUUGAGACUUUCAAGGUCAACAGCUUUGAGCAGUUCUGCAUCAACUAUGCCAACGAGAAGCUCCAGCAGCACUUCAACCUGCAUGUCUUUAAGCUGGAGCAGGAGGAGUAUGUGGAGGAAGGGAUCCCUUGGACCUUCAUCGACUUCUGUGACAACCAGCCGUGUCUUGACCUCAUUGAGGCCAAGCUCGGCAUCCUGGACCUGCUGAAUGAGGAGUGCAAGAUGCCCAAUGGCAGCGAUGGGAGCUGGGCUCAGAAACUCUAUGACCAGCACUUCCACCACAGCCUGCACUUUGAGAAGCCCAAGAUGCAUGCAGAUGCCUUCAUCAUACAACACUUUGCUGGCAAGGUGGAGUAUCAGUGCAAAGGGUUUCUGGAGAAGAACAGAGAUGCUGUCCAUGCAGAGCUGAUCGGGCUGCUUCGAGCCAGCAAGUCACAGCUGCUAGCAGAGCUAUUCCCUGAGGACUGCGAUGGCACCAUCUCCCUGCGUAGGUCGAAUGGGACCCGACUGACCAUCCGUCCCAGCAGGAAGUCCCUGCCAGGCACCAACAAGGAGCACAGGAAGCCCAUCUCCAUUCAGUUCAAGGCUUCACUGCACAAGCUGAUGGAGAUGCUGGGCUGUACCACGCCGCACUACAUCCGCUGCAUCAAGCCCAAUGACUUCAAGCAACCCUUUGAGUUUGACUCAAAGCGAGCCAUUGAGCAGCUGCGGGCCUGUGGCAUCCUGGAAACCAUCCAGAUCAGUGCCUCAGGGUACCCAUCCAGGUGGACAUAUGAGGACUUCUUCAGCCGGUACAGGGUGCUGAUGAGCUGCGUGGAGCUGUCUGGGGACGAUGAGAAAAAGAUCUGCAGGCUAGUCCUUGAGAGACUGCUCAGAGAUCCCAGCAAGUACCAGUGUGGGAGGAGGAAGGUGUUCCUGCGCGCUGGCCAGGUGGCCUUCCUGGAGGAGCUGCGAGCCAAGAAGCUGCGUGCAGCCUGCAUCAUUCUCCAGAGCAGCCUCCGGGGCUGGCUGGGCAGGAGGCGCUUCCUUCUUGUGCGUGCAGCUGCCGUCUGUAUCCAGCGCUUUGCCCGGGGCCUUCUGGCCAGGAGGCUGGCUGGGGACCUGCGGAGGGCCAAGGCCGCUGUGAUCCUGCAGAAGAACAUCAAGAUGGCACUAGCCAGGCGGUCUUACCUGCGCAUCCAUGUGGCUGUCAUCACCAUCCAGGCCUUCACCCGUGGCAUGUUUGCCAGGCACCUGUACAAAGUGAUGGUACUGCACCAGAAGGCCAUGGUGAUCCAGGCAGCUGUGAGGGGCUGGCUGGCUCGCUCCCACUAUGCCCGCCUCCGCUGUGCUGCCGUCUACCUGCAGUGCUGUUUCCGGCGUUCUCGGGCGCGCAGGUUGCUGAAGCAGCUCCGCAUCGAAGCACGGUCAGUCGAACACUACAAACAGCUCCACAAGGGCAUGGAGAUCAAAGUGAUGCAGCUCCAGUGCAAGCUGGAUGAGCAGGCCCGGGAGAACCGGAGCCUCUUGGAGCAGCUCUCGGUGCUGAGUACCUCCCAUGCCGAGGAGGUGGAGCGGCUGUGUGGUGAGAUGCAGCAACUGCGUGAGGACAAGGCACAGGACCAGCACAUCCAGGGCCUGCAGGAACAGCUACAGCGCAUGGAGCUGGAGAAGAGGAGCUUGGAGAGGAGGCUGUGCCAGGAGCUCGAGCAGCUGAAACAGCAUAUGACAGAGUUGGAAGUUGCCAAGUCCAGUCUGAAGGAAGAGAAUGACGUUCUGAACCGGCGCAUCCUGGAGCAGUCCAAGGAUGUGGAAGAAAAAAUGUGCCAGCGCCUGUCGGUGGAGAGCAGAGAGCUGCAGUGUGAGCUGGAGGAGGAGAGGUCUCGCUACCAGAGCCUGGUGAAGGAGUAUGCCCGCCUGGAGCAAGGCUAUGAGAACCUGCGGGAGGAGGUGGCCUUCCACAAGCACACCACAGGCUUCAGGAGGUCCCCAUCUUCUGACAGUAUUCUGGACUCAGAGAGCAGCUACCAGUCUGGGUCUACAGCCCUAUCCCGGGAUGAACCCAUCCAGCAGAUAGAGUCCCCAUCCCAGCCUCUGACCCAGGAGAAGGAUCCCUGGAGGCUGAUACCUGAGCAGUACAGGGCCAGGUCAGACAGCACCACAUCUUCCUUGAGCAGCGAUGGUGAGCAGGACCCCUCAAAGGCUUACAUCCUCCUGGGGCAGCUCAAUGCUGUCAGAAAGGAGCUGGCCAGGACCCAGGAGGAGCUACACAAGGCAAAGGCACAGCUGGCUCAUGAGGACAAGAAGCUCCUCAGGCCCUGGUACAUUGCUGAGCUCUUUGGACUGAACAGGAGCCCUGAGAAAAUGGUGGAGGAGGACUUGAAGCAUGCAUAUGAUGCUGUCCAGGUUACCAACAGGCUGCUGGAGGAGCAGCUGGAAGAGCAGCAGCAGCAGCACGAGCAGGAACGGGAAGGCCUCCACCAGGACAUCCGCUCACUGAAGCGGCUCACCUGGCAGCAGCAGAGCCUGAUCCAGGACCUGCAGCACCAGCAGAGCGGGGAUGGGCUUCAGCACCAGAUCGUGCAGCUGAAGGAGGAGAACUUGGAGAUGUCAGAGCAGCUGCAGAGGCAGGAAAGGAGCAAGCUCAAGCUCCAGAAGCAGCUGAAGAACUACAUGAAGCAGAUCCAGGACCCUGCAGCAACAAGAGAGGCCAGCGGGGGACAGAGGGCAACACCUGCAGAGCAGGAGAGGCCCCUGGAGGUCCCAUCCCCAAGUGGGCCCUUCCAGGGCAUGCUGAGAUGCAGAGGAGAGGAUGAAGAGCGCCUGGUCAGGACCAUCAUCACUGAUUUCCAGCCUCAGCACAUCCCUGGUACCCUUCCAACACUGCCAGGCUACAUCCUCUUCAUGUGCCUGCGGCAUGCGGACUACUGCCAGGACGAGCACAGGAUCCGCUCACUCCUUGCUGCUGCCAUCAGUGGCAUCAAGAGAGUCAUGAAGAAGCACAGCGAGGACUUCGAUGUGGUGACGUUCUGGCUCGCCAACACCUGCUGCCUCCUCAACUGCCUGAGGCAGUAUGGCAGGGAUGAGAGCUACCGGCAGGUGAACACCCCCAAGCAGAACCAGCACUGCCUGCAGCACUGCAACCCUGCCAGCCACUGCCAGAGCCUGGGUGACUUGGCCAUCCAGAUCUACCAGCAGCUCAUUGGCACGGCAGAAAAGAAACUGAAGCCCAUGAUUGUUGCUGCCAUGCUGGAGAGCGAAACCAUCCCGGGCUUGUCCUUGGCCAGGCCAUCGGGCAGCCGCAGGCCACAGGGGGCCCCUGCCUACACGCUCGACUCCCUGCUCCUGCAGCUCGGUGCCUUCCACAAGGUGCUCAAGAGCCAUGACCUGGAGCCUGCGAUAGUGCAGCAGGCUGUGCGGCAGCUCCUCUUUCUCAUUAGUGGCACAGCCCUCAACUACCUGCUCCUGCGGAGGGACGCGUGCUCGUGGAGCCAGGGUGUCCAGCUCAGGUACAAUGUGAGCCAGCUGGAGGAGUGGCUGCGGGCAGAAGGCCUCCAGCAGAGCGGGGCCACAGCUAUCCUGGAGCCCCUCAUCCAGGCUGCCCAGCUGCUGCAGGUGAAGAAGAUGAGUGAGGAGGAUGCUGAAGCCAUCUGCUGCCUGUGCACGGCAUUGUCUCCCCAGCAGGUGGUGAAGCUCCUGCGGGCUUACACCCCUGCCCCUGGGCUGGAGGAGCGCGUGAGCCCCCGCUUCAUCAGUAGUGUGGAGAAACACCUGGCAGAGCAAAACCGGAGUGGCCCCUGCCAGCUGCUGGUGGACACGGCUCAGCUCUUCCCUGUACCUCUGCCGUUCUCCCACUCGCCUGUGCACAUGGAUGAGAUCUGCCUUCCUGAUGGCCUCAACCUGACAUUCCUGUCGCAUGUGUGAGCCACGCUGCCAGGGAGGGAUCAGUCACGCAAUGGCCUGCUGUGUGGACAGGCCAAGCCUUGUGGAGAAGGAGCCAGCUGCUCUGGGACUCACGGGACUGACAAUUGAGGCACUAGAAGGCAGGGUCUGGGCACUGCACCCUUCCAAAGGCAGGUCUGUGGGCUCCCAGAUGCCCGUAUUUUCAUGCACUGAGUGCAUGCAGCCCCUCUGUACUAAUGCUAGAUGGGCACUGGAAUAGCAAGAGACUCAUCUACAGCCUAAUGGCCAUGGAUGCAUCUUGGGUAGCUUUGGUUUUUUAGCAAUGGGACUGGGAAAAUGCUGUGCACAAAGGGGGAAGGAGCCUCGCUCUCUGGCACCUUGUCAGAGCCAUGCUGGACUCGGAGGAGAGCCAGGCUUACUCUGGACUGAGUACAUGUGGCAUCACCGUGUUGCUUCCCAGUGGGCUGGGCCAGGGGGGUGAGCAGAGGGGCCAGGGCUGCAGUGAGCAGCAACUGAGCACAGAUGACUCAUUUUAGUCAGUUAUUUAUUUAAAAACCGGUCUGGAAUGGUAGGGAGGGCUGGUCCUGGGCACGAUGGUGCUGCCCGGCUGGGAGGAGUAGGGAGUCCUUGCUGCUCCCAAGGGAGGGAAGCGGGUGUACCCUUGCAGAUGACUCCCUGGGCACUGUGGUCUCCCAGGCUCCAGCAGCUGGUGCCUGCAUGAGAGCUGGGACCUCAUCCAGUCCCACACGUGUUCGGUGAAAUGCCUCUGUGUUUUUUAGAACUGGUCUGAAGUUGUUUAUUAAUAAAGUCUGAUGCUGUGGAGUCUG